AGGAAGAGGAAAACGGACGGAUAGCGAUUGCCGGGUAAAGCUUCUAACCCCUCCGUCCCAGCCACUAGCGGCGACUCUCGUAGGCAACAUCGACAGCGGCAAAGGCAGCGGCAGCACUGCGCUCCACGGCUCGGCUCAUUCGAUAUUUGAUAUCCAGAUUGUGGAGCGCUGGCCUAACCUCCAGCGUAUCGUCCACCACCACCCGGCUCGGAAUCCCGAAGGUGCUUGUUGCUUCGUUGCCCUCGAGGCCCUGCUAAGGUGCGACUGGGACGUCGGUGUUGCUGUCGAUUGUGUUUCGCGAGCCGUCGGGAAGCAAAUUAAUUGACCGGCAAGAUGUUUUGGGGACUAAUAAUGCAACCAAACAAGCGGUACAUGCAAACCGUGGAGAGAGCCUUUCACCUGUCGAUGGCUAGCUUAGAUGCUACCAUGUCAAGUGACUGUUUGGUUCAAGUGAUGGUUUGCUACGACAAACGCAAUUACUUACUGUGUACGUUACAAAAGAAUUCGAUCUGGCAAGUACCCUUAGAUCUGAAUUUCCAAGAGGGAACAAAAAUUGGCUUCACGUUUAACGGAGACGGUCAUGUUCAUCUUACCGGGUAUUUGAUCACCGAGGAGGAAGAAUUGGAUGAGAUGGACGAUUUCGAGGAAGAGGAUGAUGAAGACAUUCCAAAACUUGUGGGCGGAAAAAAGAGAAAAGCAUCGAACUCGCCGAUUGAGCAGAACGACGUUAAGCAAUCCAAAACGUCAAAAGUAGCGGAGGACGAAGACGAUGAUGAUGACGACGAUGAGUCGGACUCUGAUAACGAGGAUGGGGUACUCGAGGAUGAUUCGGACGACGAUCUGGAUAGCGAGGAAGAGGAUAUGGAUGAGGAUGAGAGCGACGAGGAGGAUGAGGACGAGGAUGAGAUAGAGACGCCUGUGAAGCCCUCGAAGAAGCAAAAACAGAAACAGAACCAGCAGAAUCAGUCGAAUCAGCAGAAAUUGCAAAACCAACAGAACCAGCAGAGACAAAAUCAGCAAAAUAAUCAGCAACAGAAUAAAAAGGAUAAGAAUAAAUUAACCAACGGUAAAGAUGCAAAAUCUGAAAGGGAGCAGGGCAAACAAAAGAAGAAUAAAGAAGAAAGUAAAAUGGAAGAUAAGUCGGAGCAGCAGCAGCAAAAAAGAACGAUCGAAGGCGGAGUUCAGGUAGAGGAUAUCAAGGUUGGCAAUGGCGCGCCGGCGAAAUCAGGAAAAUUCGUGUCCGUAUAUUAUAUUGGUAGACUGAAAAAUGGCAAGAAAUUCGAUCAGACGCAGCAAGGCGAGGGCUUCAAGUUCAGGCUUGGAAAGGGUGAGGUAAUCAAAGGAUGGGACGUUGGUGUUACCGGAAUGAAAGUAGGAGGCAAGAGACGUCUUACAAUUCCACCAAAUAUGGCAUACGGUGCUAAGGGUUCGCCUCCAGUUAUACCAGGAAAUAGCACGUUGAACUUUGAAAUCGAACUUAAAGCAAUUCACUGAAGAUAAUGCUGCCGUUCCGACUACUACAUUAUAUGCUUUAGGCAGGAGUUUCUUAAAAAUAUCGAACAAAUGUUUUUAAGAAAAGGAUUUUACAUUUACAAUUAUAUCAUAAGACAGUUAUCGUUCUAUACAGUAUUUUUCUGAGAAAAUAAUUUUAUACGAGACGACUUAAAAAUAUAUAUUUUUUCAUUAUUUCAGUACUAUAGAGAUACACUGAGCAGAAAACGAGACUGUACAGAAAUAUGUUCAUACGUUGAUUUUAUAUCGCUCUAUAAGCUCUUUCCACUUAUUUUAGAAGAGAUUUUUCACUCUUAAAACGUAAGAAUGACUGUGUCACUUAUAAAGUUAAAGAAAUGAGUAAUUUUGUAAAGAACUGUUUAUAAAUAAAAUUGAUGUAAAACUUA